UUACUAUGUCUCUUGAGCGAAAUAAGUAUCCUGAAAAUAAUCCUUUUUCACUUAAACAAAACAAUACUAAAUAUACAUAUAAUAUUAUUAAUGAAGGGUAUUAUCCUCCAAAAAAUAUACUAUGUUAUACCUCAAAUCACAAUACUGGUAGUA